AUGGACCACAUCGCCGACGUCGAAUGUCAUCAAGGGCAGUGUCAGGUUGCACAGGAUGCCAUGGAUAUUGGACCAAAAAGAGAUGUUAACGACUUGCCAUGGAGAUGUGUCUCAUGCUCUGCUACAACGCGGACAGUCUCCAGCAACGCUAUCUUUACGAUCUUCUUGAAACUGCAAGACACAAAGAUACCGCGUACUUGCCUUGCAGGAGAUGAAGUCUAG